AGGCGCGAAUUGAGCUCUUUCUCUCACUAGGUUUGUUUCUCUCUCUAAAGGAAACUUUUACACUUUCUCUCUCUGGAGUCUGGACGCACACUCUCAGCAACUUUCUCUCUCUUGAAAUCUCUCCCCUCUUUCUAUUUCACGCUUCCCAGAAAUCCUUUGGAAGCUUCAGAGAAGAAUUGGGUAAUGUUCAAGACCGUGAUCAGUCCUACUAGUUUCUACACCUGAAAUUUUCAAGAGGACGAUUAAUCGAAGCCGUUUUUCUUCGAUCAUGGGUGAUGAUUACGCAUCACAGUCUUCGCAGAGUUCGAUCUCCAAGAAGCACAAACAGAAUGAGGUGGUUCUCUCUGAUGGAAUCCACAUUGAAAGAGAUGAAGGUCCAACUGGGUUAUCUAUUACUGAGGAGAAAGUUGUGACGGGUGGUAACAAGGGGAAAUCAAAAAUAGAUUGUGAUGAGACAUGGCAAAACCAAGCUCAGGUUGCUUUGGCCAAUGAUGUUCGAAAUCCUACCAGUGAAGCAGGAUCAGAGGACAGUCCUGAUCCUCUUAAGAGCUUUGCAUCAGGAUCAAGUGACUUAAUCAAUAUCAAUGGUUUCAAUUCUGAUUUGUCCUAUCAUGAUGAUGAUGCUAUUGAUGAUGACGACGACGAUGAUGUUUCUGGUUAUGAUGACAAUGAUGAUUUUUUGUAUGAUGAUGAUUAUUUAAAACUGCAAGCCCAAUUUGAUAAUGUAGAUAUACCUCCUGGAGUAGAGGCAUCAGUUCCUUGGUUGAAAGACCCUACUCCGAGUGAAAAAAUGCCAGCUGUUGUGGACACUUCUCCUACUCCAAGUUUGCAAGGGCAAUGUGCUCCUGUAGGAUCCUUUUCAGAUCCUGGUGAAAAGGAAACAAAGAAAGCUGCUACAAGCAGUUCAACAGUCCCUGCACAGUCUGGGGAUGGCAACCAAGAUGACGUGCUGGGAAAAUAUCUUUUCUUUAAACGAUUUGAUACUGUUGAAGAUUUUUCAGAUCACCACUUUAGCCGAAUGGGCUUUGUAGGAGAGCAGCCACCCAAGAAUUGGGCAAAGAAAAUUCAGGAAGAGUGGAAGAUUCUAGAGAGGGACUUACCAGAAACAAUUUUUGUAAGAGUUUAUGAGGCAAGGAUGGAUCUUUUGAGGGCUGUCAUUGUUGGACCAGCAGGCACUCCCUACCAUGAUGGUCUUUUUGUCUUUGAUGUUCUCUUCCCUCCUAACUAUCCUAGCGUACCACCGAUGGUUUACUACUAUUCUGGUGGUCUUCGACUAAACCCAAACUUAUAUGAUUGUGGGAAAGUUUGCCUCAGCCUUCUAAAUACUUGGAACGGUAAAAAGACAGAAAUGUGGAUUCCAGGGAAAUCGACCAUGUUACAAGUUUUGGUCUCUAUACAAGGUCUGAUUCUGAAUGCAAAGCCCUUUUUUAAUGAGCCUGGGUAUGAAAAUAUGUAUGUUGGGGAAGAUGGGGAGAGGAGAUCCAAGCAGUAUAAUGAGGAUGUGUUUAUUCUGUCCUUGAAGACAAUGGUGUAUACGAUUAGGAGGCCCCCAAAGCAUUUUGAGGACUUUGUUGUUGGUCAUUUCCGCCAGCGAGCACAUGACAUUCUGGUAGCAUGUAAAGCAUACAAGGAGGGCUCUCAGGUAGGCUCUAUGGUCAAAGAAGGAACUCAGGAUGUUAAUGAACAUGAAAUGAGUACCUCCCAUGAAUUUAAGGAAGCAGUAGGUAAGAUGAUGAAGACCCUUGUUACAAACUUCAUCAAAAAUGGAUCAAAGGACUGUGAGCAGUUUCAGGUUUCAGCAUAGAGUAACAGAGCUGUUGUCACAAGCAGUAACCUCCUAAAAGGCCAAUUUCUGGGCUAACAUACGGCAGGUUAUGCCUUCGAAGCACCUCUUUUUAAUUGCAGUUUUUGAUGGAAUUAGUUGGAUGAAGGUCUACUGGUUUUCAGUCUAUAUGUUGUCUUUGAAACCCUAGCUUGAUGGAAUUAGUUGGAUGGAGGUCUACUGGUUUUCAGUCAAUAUGUUGUCUUUGAAACCCUAGAUUGGGUGUAGAAUGUAGAUAUAGCGGCUGUUCCAGGGAUGGUGAAAAAAGUUUCUACUGGCCAUAGCUUAAUUGCUGUUUUUGGCCAACGGACUCGUAAAUCCUGUAAUUACUUGGGAUAUGGUUGUCUUACUUUUUCUUUUUCCAAAUCUUCUCUUCCUGAAUCAUAUUUGUAAGUAUAUCUACCAAUAUCAUUGCCCUAUGCAAAGCUCAUCAUUCUCACAUA